GUGAAACGGCCCGUGGAAUUUCCUUGAAACACUCCCAGAGAUUUCGCCGCCGCCGCCUUGAGAGGAGGCUGAGAACUGACAUGGCUCAGCACACGUGUAGCCACUGCAUUGCUCCUGCUCUCCGGGCACGGCGGCUGCAGCAUUUUGGGGUGUCCCAAUGCUGGGGGACACAGCACAGACCCAGCCAAGCACCGAAACGGAGCAGAGCCCCCCACCCCGGGAUGUUCUGGGGAUACAUAACAAAUUGGGGCAGGAGAUUUUUAUCUCCGGGUGUUUUGGGUGCAUGUGGUGUUCCUGUCCCCACUGCCAUCGCACUCCUGUCCCCAGUGGCCUCCUGUCCCCAUCACCGACGCAUUCCCAUCCCUGUUGUGCUCCUGUCCUCGCUGCCAUUGCGCUCCCAUCACCAUCCUGCUCCCGAUCCCAGCCCAACCGUACGUCCCUCCGUACCAAAUGUGCAUCAUCCCGGCUGGGCACCGCUCCAUCCCAGCUGGGCGACGCUUCGUCCCGGCUGGGCAUUGCUCCAUCCGUGCAUCACAUCCUAGCCACGCAUCGCUCCAUCCCGGCCAUGCAUUGCUCCAUCCUGGCCAUGUAUUGCUCCAUCCCAGCUAUGCAUCACAUCCUGGCCAUGCAUUGCUCCAUCUCGGCCGUGCAUCACAUCCCAGCUGUGCAUCGCUUCAUCCCGGCCGUGCAUUGCUCCAUCAUGGCCAUGCAUCGCUGCAUCCCAGCCGUGCAUCGCAUCCUCGCCAUGCAUCGCUCCAUCCCAGCUGUGAACCGCUCCGGCCUGGCUGUAUACUGCUUUAUCCGCACUGCGCAUCUUUCCAUCCCGGCCCUGGAGCACCACCUCUCCACAGCGGCUCACGUCAGGGGACAGGAGCUGGCAGCGGCCGGGGUCACGGGUGAGCCAUUCCCACGCUGUGGCAGGGGUCCAGGCGUGGGCACGGUCUCAGGGCAACUGAGAUACUUUCUCCGUUGCACCAGAGAAAAGAAGUGAAAUUGUAAUACCCUCUUACGAAACCGACCUCAAAUCAAAGGCAAAGGGGAAGCACGAACCCUUCUGGGGAUAAGAAAAGCCACAACCUGUAGCCCAUCACCACCCCAUUGCCCGGCCACGUGAUGCUCAGAUUCCAGCCGCUUCCAGGGCCGUGGGCUGCAACCUCCGGCAGGUAAAAACCCUGGGAAGUGGUUGGAGGAUUCACGCAACACUUGGAAUUUUUCAUGUCCAACUGCAAAACGAGCAGAGAAAAAAGGGAGAGGCGAGCGUGGCCGAAAUGCAGCAGCUGGUGACAGGAUGCAGCUGGGGCUGCUGGCCCGGGACGGUCACUGCAAGGGGAUGAAUUUCUGCAAAAAGUCUUCAGCAACCAGAGGGGCCGCUACAAGUGACCACAAACGUGCUGGAAACGGAGUUUUCUGCUUCUCCGUCCCCCGUGCACAGGCACAGCCAUCUCACCGCUGUCUUUUUCCAGGCUGGAUGAGGCUCUCCCAGCCCUAGGACAGCACCAGUAACCACCUUCCCACCCCCUGGCAGGAUUUGACCACCUUGGGUGCCGUUCAGCCCAGCGAGCCGGGGCCAGAGGUUGCCUAAUCUCCCUCUUGUGAUCUCCAUCUCUUUUUUUCCCCCCCCCCGGUUCCAGCGCCAGCGCGAUGCAGCCGCCCCAAGGACGUGGCCAACGCGCACAUCGACGCGGGCAACAACACGCUGCUCAACACCCGCCUGCGCUACACCUGCAACCCGGGCUACAAGCGCAAAGCCGGUACCUCCAGCCUCAUCCAGUGCAUCCUCCGCGACGGUUCCACUGAGCCCGACUGGACCCACACCACGCUGCAAUGCAUCCGAACCACCGAUGCCAGCCUGAC